AUGGAAGAAUUAAUCAAUCAAAAGAAUUCUAUGAACGAAGAUACCGACAAGAAGAACAAGGAACUCGAAGAACAGCUCGAAUCGAAGAAGAAGGAACUUGAAUCUAUUCCAACCGUUGAAGAUAAAUCAUCAUCUGUUGAAGAGGAAAUCAAUAACAUCAAUUCACAUAUCAACGAAAAGAAUUCCAAGAACGCAGAACAAGAAAAGAAGAACAGUGAACUUCAACAACAACUGGAAUCUAAGAAGAAUGAACUUGAAUCUAUUCCAACAGUUGAAGACAAAUCAUCCGAACUUGAAAACGAACUUAAGAACAUCAAUUCACAUAUCAACGAAAAGAAUUCAAAGAACUCAGAAACCGAUCAUAAGAACAAGGACCUUGAACAAGAGUUGAAUGAUAAGAAGUCUCAACUUGAAUCCAUUCCAACCGUUGAAGACAAAUCAUCCGAACUCGAAAACGAAAUCAAGAACAUCAAUUCACAUAUCAACGAAAAGAAUUCAAAGAACUCAGAAACUGACAAGAAGAACAAAGAUCUUGAACAAGAGUUGAAUGAUAAGAAAGCUCAACUUGAAUCCAUUCCAACCGUUGAAGACAAAUCAUCCGAACUCGAAAACGAAAUCAAGAACAUCAAUUCACAUAUCAACGAAAAGAAUUCAAAGAACUCAGAAACUGACAAGAAGAACAAAGAUCUUGAACAAGAGUUGAAUGAUAAGAAAGCUCAACUUGAAUCUAUUCCAACCGUUGAAGACAAAUCAUCCGAACUCGAAAACGAAAUCAAGAACAUCAAUUCACAUAUCAACGAAAAGAAUUCAAAGAACUCAGAAACCGAUCAUAAGAACAAGGACCUUGAACAAGAGUUGAAUGAUAAGAAGUCUCAACUUGAAUCCAUUCCAACCGUUGAAGACAAAUCAUCCGAACUCGAAAACGAAAUCAAGAACAUCAAUUCACAUAUCAACGAAAAGAAUUCAAAGAACUCAGAAACUGACAAGAAGAACAAAGAUCUUGA